AUGAGUGAGCAACAACGGCAACAAUUGAAAACGUUGAUUAAGCAAUGCAUUCAACGUCCCCAAGAUAUUGAAAUAUGCAUGGACAAGAUAAUUAAAUUGUUCACAACUGAUGAAGAACAUCAACUGAUUAUCAAUGAACGAACUUCGGAACGAACUUCGGAACGAAGCAUGAGCCUAUUCGAUAAUGGCAUCUCUCUAAUAACUUUACCAAAGAAUCAGCGUCGUCGUCGUCGUAAUACAUAUAAUGAAAAGGGCCUGGUAAAUAAUACCGAUACUGUGCUGUAUGACAAUCGUGAUAUUGAUUAA